AUGGUCCCCAAUCGCAUCAUCAUCGACACCGACCCAGGCGUUGACGAUGUCCUCGCCAUGCUACUGGCGCUCUCCGCUUCCCCAGAGGAGCUCGAGGUCGUCAUGCUCUCCGUCACGUAUGGUAACGUGGCUCUGCAGAGUUGCCUAAAGAAUGUCGUUGCUCUUUUCCACGUGCUAGAAAAAGAGUUCGCAUGGCGGAAGGCCACCGGAAGGCCCGAGAACUUUGAGACACUCAAGUCGCACAAGCCCAUUGUGGCUGUCGGGGCUGAGCAUCCGUUGGAAGAGGAACAGCUCAUGGCGGACUACUUCCACGGCGUGGAUGGGCUCCAUGGAGUCCAUGAAGAGCACCCUCAUCUUAGCCCAGCCGACACGUGGAAGUCCCUCUUCCACAAGGAUUCCCCGACUCUGGACCAUGAUCCGUCGCCGUACUCCAAGUACUUCACUCCGGCCAAGGAAGAGGCUCACAAGGAGAUGCUCCGCAUCCUGAGGGAGAGCCCCAAGGACACCAUCAGCAUCCUCGCCGUGGGGCCGAUGACGAACCUGGCCCUAGCCGCUGCCGAGGAUCCCGAGACCUUCCUCCGGGUCAAAGAAGUCGUGGUGAUGGGCGGCGCCAUCGCCGUGGAGGGCAACAUCACGCCCGUGGCCGAGUUCAACACGUAUGCCGACACCGUCGCCGCCGCCCGCGUCUUCGCCCUCACCUCUCCCAACCCACAGUCGACCAUGCCGCCCAUCUCCGAAGCCCGCUCGUCUCUGCCGCCGUACCCGACCAAGCUCUCCCGCCGGCUGAAGCUCACGCUCUUCCCCCUGGACAUCACGACCCCGCAUCUCCUCAAGAUGAACUACUUCACGGAGCGGAUCAAGCCGUUCGUGGAGGCCGGCAGUCCCCUGGCCGUCUGGGUCGACCACUUCCUGGGCGGGACGUUCCGGAAAAUCGACUCGUUGGAAGGCAACGGCGAGGAGCCGGGGCUCUCGCUGCACGACCCGCUCACCGUCUGGUACGCGAUGACGCUGUCGGACCCGGCCUGGACGCCGACGCCCAAGCUGGAAGACAUCCGGAUCGAGACCACGGGCCAGUGGACGCGGGGCAUGCAUGUGGUGGAUCGCAGGAUACGAGCGAAGCCCGGUGAGGCGGCUGCCGAGGUCAUCGACGCGGACGAGGGCGACGUCGACGCGUUGACGCUCGACGAGGCACCGGGCGACACCAUGGGGUGGUUGAGCGUGAAGAAGGGCAAUAGGAUUAACCGGAUCAUCGGGUCGCCAGGCGAGUCCGUUUUCGCCGAGUAUCUGAUGAAGAGGGUUUUCGCCUAA